UGUGGGGAGUGUGGGUACAGGACAGCUAACAAGACCCACUUAUCCCGACAUAUGAGAAAGCACACAGGAGAAAAACCCUACAAGUGUGACCAGUGCGACUAUUCAGCUUCAGUAAAACAUCAUCUGAUUGACCAUCAAAUAAGACAUUCCGGUGAGAAACCCUACAUGUGUGAGGUGUGUGGAUACAGGACAACUCAUAAGUUUAACUUAUCCCGACAUAUGAGAAUUCACACGGAAGAAAAACCCUUCAAAUGUGACCAGUGCAGCUAUUCUGCUUCAGACAAAUCCAAGUUGGACAAACACCUCGCAAAACACGCUGGUAAGAAAGCCUACAAGUGUGACGAGUGUGGAUACAGGACAGCUAAAAAGUCAAAUUUCUCCAGACAUAUGAAGACCCGACAGAAAUGUAAUUUUAAACGAGCAAAUCUAAUCAAGAACUUUGGUGAGAAACCUUAUAGGUGUGGAGAGUGUGGGUACAGGACAGCAAAAAAGGAUCACCUGACAGAACAUCUGAAAAUCCAUACAGGUGAAAAACCCUUCAUGUGUGGGGAAUGCGGGUACAGGACAGCUCAUAAGUGUCACCUGUCCGAGCAUAUGAAAACACACACAGGUGAAAAGCCCUUCAAGUGUGACCAGUGUGAUUAUUCUGCUGCUCAGAAAACCCACAUGGACAGGCAUAUAGUAGCAAAACACAGUGAUGAGAAACCCUACAUGUGUGGGGAGUGCGGGUACAGGGCGACUCAAAAGGCACACCUGUCUCAACACAUGAGAAUUCAUACCGGUGAAAAACCCUACAAGUGCGACCAGUGUGAUUAUACUGUAGCACACAAAUCCUCUUUGAAUGAUCAUAUGCUGAAACACACGGGGGAAAACCCCUACAAAUGCGGGGAGUGUGGGUACAAGACGGCAAAGAAAGCUAACUUAUUCCGACACAUGAGAACACAUACGGGUGAAAAACCCUACAAGUGUGACCUGUGUGACUAUUCUGCAGCACAGAAAUGCGCCCUGGACCAGCAUAUGAGAAAACACACCGGUGAGAAACCCUACAUGUGUGGGGUGUGUGGGUACAGGGCAGCUAAAAUGUCGAAUGUGUCUGAUCACAUGAGAGCCCAUAUUGGAGAAAAACACUACAAGUGUGAUAUGUGUAACUACUCUGCUGCUAGGAAAUCUCAGCUGUUUGGACAUUUGAAAAUACAUUCAAAAGAAACUAAGUCUACAAGAGGGACAAAUGUACAGCCUAUGACUUUGUCUCCUGAAAUGUGAAAAAAAGUGUUGAAACGAGCCCUUCAGGAUCUAGGAGUGACCAUCAUGUUAACUGUAGCCUAAAUCUGUACCUUGUAGUAAGUUGUACCAGUACUUAAUCUCCAAGCAAUCCCUAUGGUUGAAAAAAAUUGUAUCUAAACUGGUAGAAAAAUGAAGCCUAGGUGUGUCUAGGGCUCUGGUAUACAAAGAUUAUUUUGUAGUAAGCAAGUGUACAUUUAUAGAGGUAGACAUAUCCAGACACAUGUACAUACUGGCAAGGAUUGUGAUAAAUGUGUUCAAUAGAGAUUAUCAUGCAAAAGCCUCUGUAAAAUAUCACCUAGGAUCAAGGAGGGUAUUUAGAUGUGGGUUUGAACUAAGGUACUAGUCCCUAGGCAUAGAUUAUGGAUUUACUUUUUUAACUUAUUUAGAAAUUGACUUUUUGUUUUUGACAUUCACUGUUGACACAUUGGUGAUUACAUGUGUACCUAACCUUUGUGUCACACCUAUAGAUUUGCUUGUUUUAUUCUUUAAUGCAUAUCAAAGCUGUUCUAUGGGGGAUUUGUACAAACUCGCAGAUGAUAGAAAUGAUUUGUAUAUUUACAAUGAAAAUCUGUACUGUCCAAGAUGUACU